GCGGGAGGAGGAGGAGUUCCGGCGCCUGCCUGCCUGCCCGCUGCGUGAAAGUCACUUUCACGUGAGGAAUCAAAGACACACGGCAGAUAAGCUUUCAUUCAGGAGGCCUGAGGCAAGAUCUAAAGGGGGAAGAGAGGGAUAGACUCUGCAUCUAGGUCUAGCAGCAAAGUUGUGUUACCACUGACCACCCUUUCAAACUGCAUAAUGCCUGGUCUUCUGAACCGGAUGUGCCACAUUGGGUUCCACGUCCCUGAGGGGCAACAGCUGGCCAGCAACUUGGUGCGCCAGUUUGGAUUCGAGCUGUUUGCUGCACGGGUGGCAGAAUGGAGCAGGCAGCUGGCCUUCCGGAGAGGGGAUGCUGUCUUUCUCGUCAAUGAAAGGCUGAAGCCUGCCAAGAGAGACGCUCUACCUGUGCCAUCUUCAGGCUGCCGCAAGGAUAAAGGAAUUCUGUACGACGUGGACCUAGAGUAUGCCGUCAGUACAGCCUCCAACAUUUGCUUUGAGGCAGAAGAUGUACCUGGCAUCUCCCAAAGCCUACAGGAACGAGGAUGCCAGAUCCUCAUCCCUCCCACAGCUGUGGGAGAUGAAAAUGGCCACGUCACUUAUUCAGUAGUGGGAUCCAUCAUAGGCAACAUCAGCCACACACUGCUUGACAGAUCUGGGUACAGCGGACCGUUCCUGCCUGGUUUCCACAUGGUGGAGGGUGCUCCCAAGGUCCAGGUGGGUGGCCAGGUGACACAUUUUGAUCAUAUCACCUAUGCUUGUCCCCAAGGUAGCUCACAAGCUGUGUUGGACUGGUACAAGAACUGUUUGGGAUUCCAGCGCUUCCCCAUCCACCAGCAAGACAAUGGUACUGAUGGCUAUACAAUCCAAGGUGCUGGUAUGGGUCUUCGUCUUACUGCCAUGCAGUCCAAUGGGAGCGAUCCGACUCUGCUUCGCAAUGACUGUAAAAUUAUUCUAGCCGAGUCCCUGUCAGAGCAAAAGAAGAACCAGGUGGAUACUUUCUUAGAGCAGCAUGGUGGAUCAGGCAUCCAACACGUGGCACUCUACACCACAGGUAUUAUAGGGGCCGCUGCGGCCAUGGCCAGAUCUGGCGCAAACUUUUUCAAGCCCCCCUUAUCAUACUACAGUGAGAAAAGGAAGGUGGAGGAGAUAAGGCAAGCUGGGCAAAAUCUUCAGCUCCUGAAGGACCACGGCAUCCUUCUGGACGCUGGCGUAGGAGGCAGCGGUGGCUCUGGAGGCCUUUGUGAGAAGCAAUACCUCAUGCAGAUCUUCACAAAGCCUCUCUUUACAGAGGAUACUUUCUUCCUGGAGCUUAUAGAGCGAUGUGGGGCCACAGGUUUUGGCGAGGGAAACAUUCGUGCUCUCUGGCAGUCUGUACAAAACUAUAUGGACCAGCAAGUUUGAAGAAUGCACACCAACACCCCGUUACACAAUAUUGUGCUCAGUGUAUAUGUUAACCUGAUGGUGCGAGUUCUGCAAACCUGCUCCUACGGGGUUGGUUUCCCUGUUAUAUCGAUGACAUAAGGAGUUCUAGAUCAUGUGCAUACUUCCUAAACUGGCUCUGCACCUCCACCAGAGUUGCUUUCACUGGUGUAAAAAGUAUCCAUGUGAUCUGGAUGACCCACCUAAUCAGAACUUUUUACACAUUGCUGAUCUAUUUUGAGUUGGGAGCUCUAACCAUAGCGAAGAAACAUCGUGAUGGCAGCUGCACCUCAAGGCCUGUGUGUACAUGCUUAUUUCUCUUAGUGCUAAAAUGCAAAGGCUUUAAGGACCCUCCAGAUGUUGAGCUGCAACUCAUAUCAUCCCUGACCACUGGUCAUGCUGGGUGUUGGGAGUAUAGCAACAUCUGCAGGGCUGCAGGUUCCCAUCCCUAAGGCAAGAUACGGCAUGUAUUUCUGUCCUAAAAAGGGGCAAGCACUGGUACUGCACAGGCAACUUAUCCACAGCAAAGCCCAUUAUUUUCGGACCUGAUUCUGAAACAAAUGAAUUGCCCCACUCACUUAAUUCAUUGCGAUUCCCAUUUUAAGGUCAGAAGAGGAAGUUGUUUCUGCCUCUACCAGUGUUUAUGCUUAAGUUUAUCUCCAUAAUCCAGUUAAGUGUCCAAAAAAAGAAAGUAAAUUCCUAUGCUGUUUCUACCGAUUUACACACUAUAGAAUAAUAGUUAGUUGGACACACAGAAUGCAAGAUGGUUUGCUAACUAUUCCUGCUGUGCAACUUGGCAGCUUCCUGACUAGCAGCACAGUAAGGACUAGCUGGGAACUCUUGUGGCUCUGUAGAUCCAAAACAGCUGCACACAGAAUUGGAUGAUGAGACAGUGUCAAGGUUUGGGCUCCUAUAAGAGGGAUAGAAUUUGCCUUGCACCAUAUUGAAAACUAGAAGGGUGAAUAAUUAUCAGGUGAGCCUACAUCUCCGAAGGCAGCUACCUUGUUAUGCUGCUUAACUACUGAUACCACUGUUCCAAGUAAUUAUGUGGAGGGCGAAGUAUAGUCAAUUCAUUAAAGUCUCCUGAGCUCUGACAGAGAAGACAUUUUUGCUAGGUGGGCAUUGGAAUAUCUUCUUCAGUACAAAACUAUGUGCUGAAGCUCUUUUAAAAAACUGUUACUUGAAUGGUUUCUGUCUCAAGUAUAUUUGUGAUGAGAUCACAGCAAAACAUUAAUAUGUUUAUUAACAACAAUUUAAAUUAUAAGAUUUAUUUAUAACUUAUUAUUUAAAUUAUAACACUGAAGUAUAAUGUUCUUUUAAGUGUUGGGUAUAAUAGCAUUUUUUCUGUUUUAGGUCUAGUUGGUAAUAUGUUUUACUAUUUCAAUUUGGCCAGCUAGUCAGUUGAAGAACAGCUUAUUUCUUUAGUAAACUUGCUUAAUUUUUGUUACAAUUGUGUUAAGUUUUAAACAUCUUUCAAUUGGAUAUUUAUUUGGGCAUGUGGAAUACUUAUAGUAAUAAAGAUAUAUGUGUUUAAGUCAGGGUUGAUCUUUUUAAAAAUUCUUAAUAUCAGUUGAGACUAUUUUUUGUUAUAUUCGCAUUAAAAACAGAAUUGCGUUAACUUUAAA